UGACCGUAAAAAUAUCGGGUGAGCUCGUGGGUCGCCGCGCUUCGGUUAAUCAUUCUCAGGCGUCAGCUAGUGGAAAUGGAAUAUGUAAAUUGGUGAAGUAUCGUAAAGAGCACUAGUUUUACAGAGGGGGCUGAAGACUAUGGAGGAGGAAGAUAAGCGAAAGUGGAAGCAUAUAAAGAAGUCUGCAUCUUCUUCGUGUUUUUCUCUCAUAAACAAUCUUGAUGAUGGUUGCCUUAUGCACAUCUUCAGCUUCUUAUCUCCAAUUCCAGAUCGGUAUAACACCGCCCUCGUAUGCCACAGAUGGCAUUUCUUGGCAUGUCACCCUCGCUUGUGGCUGCGAGUAGACCGAUCUGUCAAAGAUUUAUCGGAACCUGGUGUUUUCCCCACCAUCGAGAUGGCUGUCUCUGCUGCUAGACCUGGUGACACCAUUCUUAUCUCUGCGGGAGGGAGUCAUCAUGUCUCUAAUAUUCAAAUAAAUAAACCACUUUGCCUGAUUGGUGGAGGCGAGCUUCCCGAUGAAACAACACUCCUAUGUUCUCGAGGUUCAGACAGUGCAUUAGAGUUCUUGUCCACUUGCAAAUUGACGAACCUAACAGUGAAGGCAGAGCUUGGUUGUUGCUUGCUUCAUAGAAGUGGAAGGCUAACCAUAGAUGGCUGCAUCCUUCAAUGUGAGUCAAACCCUUUGGACUAUCUCUCAUACCCAAUCGUGACUACAGCUGGGGGGAAUGAGAUUUUCUCCUCCUCUGUGAAGACAAACUGUGAUGGUGUUUCUGUUUCUCAAACUCGGAUAGAAGGGGGUGCCAAGGCUGUUGUUACAAGUGGGGAGCUGGCCUUGCAGCGAGUCCGAGUCAUCUGUUCUCGAGCUUAUGUUUAUUUCUGGUUUGAUGUAGAACAUAAAUGAUUAUUGUUCAUUCCGAGUUAGCCUGUAACAUAAUGAACCUAGCUUUUUAUUUAUUUCUCAUUGUUGUAUUGAUCAUCAAUAUAAAUGAUUUCAUUCAACAUA